CCAAAUGGUCCUCAGUAUUGUUACUACUUGUAGCUAUAUGUUGGUUCCUGGUUCAUGUUUUGGGGCCCCUAGUUUCUCCUGUUUGAGAUAUUACAGAAGUGAUGAAUAUGCAGUAGAACAAGUGUCUGAAGAUUUAAUGUCUAUUACAUCAAUGAAUUGCAAUGAUUCUCAAGAGAAAUGUGAUAGUGCAGGGAAAGCGAGUGCGGUAUGGACAUAUAAUGCAACUGCAAUUCUUCUAAAAUUAUAUGAAAAUAAAUUGGAAAUGUUGGAAACUCCAAAAAAGAAAACUAGAAUUUGGAAUGCUAUAUCAGAAAGUUUAAAAGAUUAUAACAUUGAGAUGUCAUCAGAUCAAGUACGGUGGAAAAUAUAUGCAUUAACAAAGAGAUACAAGCAAUGUCUGGAUACAGGUCUACAUAUGAAAUUUAAAUAUUUCAAAGAAAUGGACAAUAUUUACGCACAAUAUAAUGUGGACUGUGAUACAUUUAACAUUGGUGAAUUUAUGCAUAAGAGAAAAGAUUUUAAGCAACCAUAUUGUAAAGACACAUUAAAAUCAAGGACGGAAAGCAAAGCAAUGAUUGAAUUAAGAAAGAUAAGAUUAGCAAGUAGGCUUGAAUCUGAAAGGACACAAAGUAAAAUAAACUUAGAAAAGCAAUGGCUAGAAUAUUUAGAAAGACAAGAGCAAAAUAAAUUGAUGCAAGAUGAGUUAUUUGAAAGGAAUUUGAAAUUAAAGGAAGAAAAUUUGGAACUACGUAGGCAGGAAAUUGAAAUGAAAGAAUCUAUAGAGUUAAGAAAGUUAGAAAUAAAGGAAAAGAAAGAUGAAGAAUUUUUAAUGAUUGAGAAAGAAAAAUGUGAAAUGCUUAAGCAAAUAUUUGCAAGUAGAGUUUUAUAAUAAUAACAAAAUUCACACACAGACACCUACAACUUAAUCUGUGUUGCUUUAUUAUAUGAAUUAAGUAUUUUAUGUGAAGAAGAAAAUUUUAAAAAUUAAGUUUUUUAUGGAAAUAAAUACAUAUGUUAUUAAAAAUAUUUAAGUACAUCACACUUGUCAGAGCCUAAUAUGCAAAACCAAUGUGUAUGACAAACCUGUGAAUAAAGUUACAACUGCAUUGCCGUUUA